CUUUCCCGUUACGGAGCCCGAGCUGAGCGCGCCGUCAGAGGUGGUUGACAUGCGGUUACUUUGGCUCUUAAUGGCGUGUCUAGCGCAGAGCUCAGCCUUGCUGUCGAGCGUGGGGCGAUAUGAAGAGGUCACGCCACAGCGACUGCCGGGGAGACGAAGAAGGAGCCAGCAGGAGCAGGAUCACCCUGAUCAUGUGGAAUACAAGUUGGACAUUGAGGGAAAGACCCUUCUGGUUCAUUUAGAAAAAAACAGGAGUUUUCUGGGCAGCAACUUCACUGAGACUCACUAUUCAGAGGACGGAGACCGUGUGACAUCAACACAGCAGGAUCACUGCUACUAUCAUGGCCAUGUUGACGGCACUGAGGAUUCGUCGGUCAGUGUGGGUCUCUGUUCUGGUAUCAGUGGCUUUGUGAGAGUGUCCAAACAGGUGUACUUCAUUGAGCCUCUGGGUCAGACUGACACUGACCUCCACGCAGUGUUCAGACCGGAAGACUUGAAGGUCAGUGCAGGUCAAAGCGGCAGCUCCGGUGCCCGCACGCGGUACGACUUGGAGCAAGGACACCGGCGAGCUGCUCUCUUCAGGUCCAGAUCCUGGAAGUCUAAACUGGUUGCGGACCAGCAGCGGUUUGUGGAACUGGUGGUGGUGGUGGACAACGCAGAGUACAAGCGAUAUGGACAGCAGACCAAACCUCGGAUCCUGUCUGUGGUGAAUCACGUCGACAAGCUUUACCGACCCCUGAACAUCAGAGUGGUUCUGGUGGGUCUUGAGAUCUGGAGCGACAAAGAUCACAUGGAAGUUAAUUACAACUCUGAGACCACCCUGGACAAUUUCCUGCUGUGGCGUCAAACGGAGCUUCUCCGGAGAACCAAACACGACAACGCCCAGUUCGUCACGGCUAAGGACUUUGAGGGAGACACUGUUGGGCUGGCUAACAAGUUCGCAAUGUGCACAGAAAACUCUGGCGGGGUCAAUCAGGACCAUCACGUCAGCCCGGUGGGCCUGGCCUCCACCAUCGCUCAUGAGAUCGGACACAACUUUGGAUUGUCUCAUGACACUGGCAGCUGCGAGUGCGCCUCCUCCUCAGGCCCUGGAAACUGUGUCAUGGCUGACAAGCUGAGGACAGGGAACCAGGCCUUCCCCGAGCUCUUCAGCAGCUGCAGCAUCGCCCAGCUCGCUGAGUUCCUGGAGAGAGCCCAGCCAGACUGUCUUCAGAAACCAGGGUCAGCUCGGAAUAUCGACCCCGGGCCGCGCUGCGGGAAUGCUAUCCUGGAUGACGGAGAGGAGUGUGACUGCGGUACUCCAGAGGAAUGUGAUAAUCCAUGCUGUGAAGCGUCCUCUUGUCGCCUGACUGUCGGUGCCCAGUGUGCUCAUGGGCACUGCUGUGACAACUGUCAGUUCAAAGAGGCAGGAAGCUUGUGCAGGAAGGCGGUGAAUGACUGCGAUCUGCCAGAAUUCUGCAGCGGAGCGUCCUCAGAGUGUCCUCAAGACAGCUACGUGAUGAAUGGGAAACCGUGCUUCCAGCGGGCUGAAGGCUUCUGCUACAACGGCCAGUGUCCAACCCACCAGCAGCACUGCUGGAGGCUGUUUGGGGAAGGAGCCAAAGUGGGACAUGGUGCGUGUUUUGAGCUGAACAGACGAGGAGAAGAGGGAGCCAACUGUGGGCGAAGCCAACUCGGCUUCAUAUCCUGUUCUCAAUCAAAUCUCAAAUGUGGCUCUAUAUUUUGUGAGGGUGGAGGAGAGUCCAUCACAGGCAAACAAGCCAUUUACAAGGUGUACGGUAUCGAGUGCAAACUAGCGGUGGAUGAAGACAAGAGCCGACGUCUGGACGUUGUCCCGACAGGAGCCAAGUGUGGAGACAACAAGGUGUGUGUCAACAACCGAUGUGUCGACGUGUCGGCUUACGGUCCGGAUGACCACUGUGCCAGCAAAUGCAACAACCACGGGGUGUGCAACCAUAAGAGGGAGUGUCACUGUGAUCCGGGCUGGGCGCCACCGCACUGCAGCACUCAGUACGGAGAUCCAAAUCAAGGUCAGAGCGAGGUCAUUGCUGGCGUCUGUGCGUCACUGUCCAUCCUCUUGGUCAUCACCGUGGUGCUUGUCGGCCUAAUGUGCAGUCAGAGGAGCAAAGUGGACAGUUUGACAUCCAGAAGGAAAGCCCACUACAGUCGCGGUAAGUUGAGCCCAAGGCUCGAGGAGUCCAGCGCGAAACCCCGACCCGAGAUCAGCCUGCCCACGUUCAUGACCACCACAGCGUCUCAAGCCUGCACGCCGCUGAUGGCCAACACAAGGAGACCAGCGCCACCGCCCCCGGUGAAACCCACCACAGCAAGUCUUAGCGUGACAACGGAGGAGCUGCAGAUGAAACCUCAACCUCCAGCCAAACCUUUACCUCCUUUCAGUCAGACACUGGGUCCAACGAUAAAGUCUUCUGGACCUGCAUCCAAACCUGCUACAGCUCCUGUGCGUCCUGUCAAUCCUAGUCCCCCUCGUCUGCACCCAAGUCCUCCUCCUGUGCCUCCAGUCAAGCCUCAGAAAAGACCAGUAGUUCACAGACUCACGUGAGGGACUGUUAGAGGUCACGACCAGGUCUCCCCCUGGAUCUGACCAGAUGUCUGACUCACCUGGGAGUCUGGAUUCCUUCACGGUGACUGACUCCGCCCACUGUCUUUGAUGACUGGGUGCCAUGACUGUUUUAUCGCCAUAUUUCCAGAGAGAGUCACCUUUUCUUUCGGCCCCUGACUCAAUGGGAGAACCAGGACUGUGACCAGGAGGUCAGGAGAACCGAACUGAAUGUAAACCAGGGAUUUCUGCGCCCUGAAUAAAUGCACUAAAUGUGACCCUUAGUUAUUGGAACGAUCCUGUUGGGCGGUACAGCGCCCCCUAGUGACUGUCAAAAGUGUCAUCGACUGCACUCUAAAGGAAGAUGAUCCACUCAAAAUGAGUUUCUGCCGAUUGGUUGUCUCAUUUUUUUUGCGUGAAUCGUGAUUUUUUUUGGAUCACAAAGAUGAAAAC